UUUAAUUAUUUUUAAAAAAGUAUGAUAUAUUCUUUCUAGGAAGCAAAACAAAAAUAUCUUAAUAACACUUAACAAAGGUGUUAUUAUACAAAAAUGAUACCAUUCACGAAGGUGUUUACAUUUUUUUAACAAUUGAAAUGCCUCACAUUAUAAUCCCCUAUUACUAUUUUUUCCCCAUUUUUGUUUGUUUAAUUUUAUUUCUACAAUGUGCCGUUAGCCAAUAAACAAUGAUCCGCAUUUUGGACACCCUUGAUAUACAGUGUAUAAAUUAUAUAAAUGCACUUGGAAACAGUAGUGUUUUAUUUUAUUUUUGCCCUUAAAUUCAUAAAGUUGCUGCAUCAUUUAAGAUUUAAGAUUGCAUGUGUACACCAGUAAAUAGUAGAGUAACUUUUACUACAUUUUAUAUCAGUUGCUUUUUUUUUAUUUGAGAAGGGUUUUACACCUGUGCUUCAAUAGAAUUGCAGCAACGUAAACGCGCUUGUAUUUUAGUAGGGUUUCCACCACUGAUCUGUAUUAUAUAUCUGGAUAGCUCAUUGGCGAUGACUUGUGAAGCCACACGGCCGCCAUAUUGCCACUCGCAAGAAACACUUCUCAGACAAUGACUUAUGUGAGGACUUGUGAGUUAUUAAGUCUGUUGUUAGUUUGUUACUCACUCACACUAAAUGCUGAAGACUAACCUUGCACAACAGGUGUGCUUGAGCUUAGUCAUUAGGACUCGGGUAUGAUCAUUUUUAAAAAUUCUGUCGAUACCGUACCAUACCUGAGUCAUAACAGCUUUACAUAGGGGGCCGUGGGGGAUAUGUAAACAAACAACCGCGACUAGACUACUAAGUAAUUUGCGUUUUAUUCAAAUAUAAAAAAAUACGUUUUUUGUUUACCCGAGACAAUGUUUAUAUAUUAUUACAUAUUACAUAUUAUUCCUGUGGUUUUUGUUAAAACAUGUUUCUAUAUCAGAAAAGAGGUUAUUUCUAUUUCAUAACACAAACAAAAAAAAUCAGCAAAAUGUUAAAUUAUUUUAAAACUUGUCCAAAGUCACUCUCUUUUAUGAUUCAUAUUUUGUACAGACGAGAGCAUAGUGAAUUGUAUGAAAGUAAGAAAAAAAAGUAAAGGCUCAUGAUCGUGGAUAUGCAGUUAAAAUUAAAAUCUCUUUCUAGAGGAGUAAAACUAUGCAUUGCUAUAGGGGAGUGCUGAGCCAAGGGGCAGAGUAGAAUUUUGUCCCAAAGGCAAUGAGAAUUGGAAGGGGGAAAAGUACAUUUAAUAUAGCCAAAAGAUAGAGAAUAACGUAUCAAAUCGUUUUUAAGGGACGAAGGUUGCGUUAAUUGAAGGAAUGGGAGACUCUCCCCGCUUUUUAAUGUAAAAUAUAGAUGUUCUGCGAGCCUCUUCAUCUGCUUUGUACACUAUGUACGCUGUGCCAAUGUAGUCGAGAUGUGAGUGGUAAGAUGGCGUCUCUGUGGCUUCAGCGGCUUGCACGGCGGCUUGCGACAUAUGAGCUAUCCAAAUAUACUGUAUUAUACAGAUCAGUGGUUUCCACCUGUGCUUGCUAGCCUGGACACAGGUGGAAUGUAGGUGCAUUUCUCGCGAUAGAAUCUAUGGAAUGUUUUUUUUUUCAUCGCCGCCACAAAGCCCCUGCUCACCGUAAUGACAUCGUCUCUUCAGAUAAAUAACGUGCCCGUCUUCCUCGUAUGGAUUAACACCAACACAAACAAAAACAAAAAGUGACGUCUUGUAGAAAACACUUUCUGUAUUUUUUAAAGAAAUUAUUCAUCGUGUUGGCAGAGUGACGCAAUAAGUGGCAAUGAAGAUGAGUCGUGUUACACAGUGCCAUGGAUAAGCCCUUUGACCCAGAAGUCAAGUUUAAGUCCAGCAUAGGCACAGCCCCAUCUGGACCAGUGGUGGUGGCCAGAGGACAAUGGUCCAGCAAAAUUGAGUUCCUCUUGGCUGUUGCAGGACAAAUCAUUGGACUUGGAAACGUGUGGAGGUUUCCCUACCUGUGCUACAAAAAUGGAGGAGGUGUGUUCUUUAUCCCUUAUAUACUCUUCCUUUUCACCUGCGGCAUCCCUCUGUUUCUGCUGGAGACGUCUUUGGGCCAGUACACCAAACAGGGCUCCAUUACCUGCUGGAAGAAAAUCUGUCCCCUCUUUGAAGGGAUGGGUUAUGGAAGUCAAGUUGUAGUGUUGUACUCCAGCAUCUAUUACAUCAUCAUACUGGCAUGGGCCUUCUUGUACCUCUUCUCUUCCUUCAGCUCUGAGCUUCCAUGGGCAAGCUGCAGAAACAACUGGAACACUGAGUCGUGUAUGGAGUUCAGUCAGAGACGUGUUCUCAACUGGACAGUGGCAGAAAACGCAACAUCACCUGUGAGGGAGUUUUGGGAGAGGAGAGUACUGAACGUGACAGGAAGUGUCAGUGAGUUGGGAGGAAUGCGAUGGGAGCUAGCUCUUUGUCUUCUCUUGUCUUGGAUCGUCUGUUACUUCUGUGUGUGGAAAGGAGUCAAGUCCACUGGAAAGGUUGUGUACUUCACCGCCACAUUUCCAUAUCUGAUGCUUGCUGUGCUGCUUGUCCGUGGACUCACGUUACCCGGGGCCUUAAAUGGCAUCAAGUUUUACCUCUACCCAGACCCAUCCCGCCUGAGUGAUCCUCAGGUCUGGAUGGACGCUGGCACGCAAAUAUUUUAUUCCUACGCUAUUUGCAUCGGCUGCUUGACGGCACUUGGCAGUUACAACAAGUACAACAAUAACUGCUACAAGGACUGUGUCUACCUGUGUCUCCUGAACAGCGGGACCAGCUUUGUGGCCGGCUUUGCCAUCUUCUCGGUUCUUGGAUUCAUGGCUUACGAGCAGAACACAGAAAUAUCCAAAGUAGCUGAAUCAGGUCCUGGCCUGGCGUUCAUCGCCUACCCUCGAGCGGUGGCCAUGAUGCCCUUUCCUCAGAUUUGGGCCAUCUUCUUUUUCAUUAUGAUCAUCCUGCUGGGACUGGACAGUGAGUUUGUAGGUCUGGAAGCUCUCGUGACGGGCAUUUGUGACCUGAAACCUUCCUUCUUCCACAUCGGCCAUCGACGUAAACUCCUCCUACUCAUCAUAAGUGUUUUUUGUUUCCUCAUCGGCCUCGUAAUGGUCACUGAGGGUGGAUUGUACAUCUUCCAGCUGUUCGACUACUACGCCUGCAGCGGCAUGACUCUACUUCUCUUUGCCAUACUCCAGUCUGUGUGCGUUGGAUGGGUGUACGGAGCAGAUCGCUUUUAUGACAACAUUGAGGACAUGAUUGGUUACAGACCUUUCAGCCUGAUAAAAUAUUGCUUGAAAUACGUCACUCCAGUCAUCUGCAUGGGAACAUUUGUCUUCUCCUUGGUGAAAUAUCAACCACUGAAGUUCAACAACACUAUUGCUUAUCCAUGGUGGGGUUACGCUCUGGGCUGGUGGUUCACUCUGUCCUCCACACUCAAUGUUCCUUUCUGGAUGGUCUACAAAAUCAGCACCACUUCCGGGACACUUCGACAGCGGAUGGCCAUCCUUUGCACUCCAUCGGAAGAUCUUCCCUCGUCCAAAUCUGACAAGAAAGCACUUGAACUGCACAACUUGACGCCCAAAUCAGAUGUCAUAGUGUGAGAGGGAUACAACACCAAAGCACAACUUCAAUGGACCGCCACCUCUUCAUGUCAAGCCACACACAAAGACACACAAAGUACACUUGGGUUGGUCCAUUCCUAUCCUCCAAUAUUUGAUGGUUUACAUGAAUGGAAGAAAAAAAAUGGGCCAAGGAUUAAAUUAUUUUAUUUUACCACAGAAUGCAGCAGACCAUCCAUUUUCUAUACCGCUUCUUCCUCAUUAGGGUCGCGGUCGCGGGGGCAUGCUGGAGCCUGGAGUACACCCUGGACUGGUCGCCAGCCAGGGCACAUAUAGACAAACAACCAUUCACACUCACAUUCAUACCCAUGGGCAAUUUAGAGUCGCCAAUUAUUGGGAAUGUGGGAGGAAGCCGGAGUACCUGGAGAAAACCGACGCGCACACGGGGAAAACAUGCAAACUCCACACAGAAAUGCCCAGGGGAGAAUCGAACCCAGGUCUUCCCGAUCUCCAAGCUGUUACUGUGUUGGCCAACGUGCUAACCACUAGACCACCGUGUGGCCUGCAGCAGACCAGUAAUCAUAAAUUGCAUUUGAACCUAACAGUAAACGUUGUUGGUAGUAAAAUUCUAUAGCUCAAAAUUGUACUUCUAACUGCCUGGAUCAAGUUCUUCAUUUUAAGAUCAAAUUUAAGAGGCACGUCUGUUUUUGUCUUUUUUUUGUUAAUGUAUUUGUGUAGGUGCCAAUGAGAUGCCAUACAGAUCAGCUGUAUGCUACUACUACAUACUUGAGUGUUGACUAAAGCAAAAAAAUUGUGUUGGGUCCACACCAAUCGUAGAAUUUUUUUUUAUCAACCAUUUCGAUAAAUUAGUGCCUUAAAAAGCUCUGGUUCUUCCAGAAACGAAACAUUAUGCACCAUUUUCCACAUGUGUUGGAUCAUUCCUUAAGUGUGGUGUCUUCGAAGUGUGAGGCGGACGCCGGAAGACUACAGGGGAGCAGAGCACCUUGAGAAAAUUAAGAAAAAUGUCAAUUUUCAAUCCUGCCAAGGCAAAAUGAGUUGAAUUUUAGGUCCUACAGUAAGCGAGUAAACCGAAUCUACAGCGGUAAAGCGUAGGUCACAACCGGACAUACGGCAUUUUGGCGUUCCCCCAAUCACUACAUUUUCUUUUUGUGCUCAUGGAGAAUGUAGUUGUGGUGACCUUGAAGGAGUAAGAUCACCAUGCGCCCAACGCACAAGCUGUAGGUCGAAAUCCGAGUCUGCUCGGACAAACGGCUGUGGCUUCAUUUGUACAGCCAACGCAUGUAAGUUGAAAGACCAACGUCCGUCAAACUUGCAGUAAAAGUACUGACCUUGUGUUCCAUGCAGCCUUUGUACGAAGGUUGCAAGAACUACGCGCAAGCUGUACGUUGUGCUUACGAACGACAUGAGGCACCCCUGCAUCCUAAUAUACCUCAGAUACCGACUUACUCGACACGAAUGGAGCACGUACGAAAUAUUUGAACGUGCGUUGGUUGCACUAAUUAUGUAUGUGGGAUGCACAUGUGGCGCACGACACGCAUAUGGAGUCCGCAAGUGCGACGUACGAAAAAAAUUACAUUUUGCCAAAACCUGCCACCAGCAAAACGUGCAAAAGACACACAUUGGCCGCAAGGACGACGCACGAAGAUGUACAAAGUUUGUCUUACACACUGAAAAAAACCCAAGCGGCCAUAGAGUUUGUUUGACAUGACAAAGGACCUCUGCGGCCGGUCUGCAGCCAAUCUACGGCUCGAAAAUCAGCACGUCACACGCGCGCCCUCCGUGUGUUUCUUGAGUUUUUUUCACGUAGUCCGGCCGUAGGAGCACAUACGACCGCUUGUGACCUACUGUAUACUUAUGGGAGGCCCCAGUCUUUGCCACACUUUGAGAACCCCUGUCUUAAGUGGUCCAACAGUCCACAAAAAAGUCAUCAAAACGUGCUCGUAUCAAACACAUAACCCUGGCAGAGGUAACUAGAAUAAAAGCACACAAGGCCGGACAAUCCUAAAUUGCAUCAGUCCACCUUCAUACAUGUCUUUUGUCAUUAACAUUUAUUCACCACGAAAUUAAGGGAAAUGUUGAAAAAGUGCACAAAAAAAUCCUUUCUCUCUUGCAAACUGAGACAAAAUAUAUUUAAUCAUCAUUACCGUAUUGACACAAGUACAUAAGACGACCCUGAAUAAUGCAUAUGACACGUUCUUCGAACCUGCUGACUAAAGACCCAACAAGGACUAAAAUUUUAAAGUUGAGGUGUGCUCAAAAUGUGACAGUUUUUUGUAGAGUUCAAAUUAUGAUUGAUUAUGAUGAACAUUAAAAAUAGCUCCGAUACCAAUCAUUAAAAAAAAUGAUCCAAUGAGGCGAGAUUACCCAUACUGUGCAGGUGACCAAAUCAAGCGCUCCUUUUUUCUCCUGCCUGUGAUGUUAACGGCCUGUCGUAACUUCCCCUCACUUGUAAACAAACAUUCGCUUUCCGAGGAAGACAUUUUGCGUGCUAGUUGUAUCAAAUGCUCUGUGAUGAGAGGGGGAGAAAACAUGGACCACACAAAAAAACAGCAGCACUGGCAUUUGAAAUGUGCAAAAGGUUCGCCAGAGAUCUCCAUCACAUCCGCUGCUUGGAGCGUGUACCCGAAUACAGUGCACCUUGCUGGGCCACAGCAGGUGGCUCCCUCCGCUCUAUACUCUGGUUCUCCUGAUGUGGUAGUAGUAAUGUCAUGAUAUUUGAUUAGGACAAAUCAACAGGUACUGUACUUCUUACCUCCAGUAAGAAGUAAGUACAAACUACAGUUAAAUCAAAAUUUUUAAUUCUAAAUUUUAAAAAGUAGAUAUAAAAAAGUUAUCAGUUAUCGUUACCAUAUCAGUCUUGAGAAGCACAAAGUUAUCGGUGAAAAUAAAGAUCUUGUGCAUCUCUAAAAAAUACAUACUUUUUUACUAAUAAUAGGCAAUAUUGAACUAUGAAACAGCAAUAAUUGAUUUAUUUUUUUUUUUUAACUGUGAUAGAGUGAAGUCGUGAAAUUCGAAACACGAAGUGGCGAGGGACAAUACAAGACGGCCUCUCUUUUUCAGACUUUUUUUCUAAGGGAUAAAAUACUUAUGUUUGCGUCAGUGCGGUAUUGCUUAAGUGACAAAAUGUUGUUUAAAUUAUUUGUUUAUAGGGCAGUCCUGCUAAGAAACACAACCAAACACAUUAACUCCUUGAGGCGGUAAAUAGAACGGCACCCAGUGGAGUGCAGCCCUCCACCAAGGCUGAUAAAUUUUCACCAAAUGUACAGUAGAUCUUCAUAGAUACAAACAUAUCAUAUCUCAUAUCUUUUUUUUACAUAAAGUUUAGGACAUUUUUCACUGAGAAAUGUUUGAAUUUGUUUAAAAAAAAAAUACAAAAGAGAUCCAUGCCAUAUUUUAAAAGGUUCCUCAUUGCCUUGCUGGAGGCUAUAAGAAGAUAUGCUCCCUUUCUGAAUAGAGUCCUAAGGAAGUCAAGGCAUUUCUACAGUCAACAUGCACGUGAUCCUCACAGUCGCUCAGCUGGCAUUGAAGACGUGAUGAAUGGAAACAUAGUGACACUUCAUGGUGCAAACUUUUGGCUGUCAAGAGUCAGAGAGGAUAUAUUUGUAACCAUUAAAUGGAUUUAUUUUUUUUGACGUAGUUUUAGUUACACUCUUGUUACCGCCUUGUUUUUAUAAAGAUUCAAUUGAUUUGUGGAGUUUUUGUAUAAUUUUUUGCAUCUAAUUGACACGCGUGAUCUUUGUAUAACACGACAGUGCUGUGAUAUAAAACCUAAAUAAAUAAAAGGGCUGGAAUGGAAAUGUAUUGUUUUUUUUGUUUGUUUUUUUCCGUGGCAGAUGUCGAUGCCAUCAGAACAAUGUCCUUUCUUACAUUGUAUUCAUGUUGAGUAAAUUAUGAGAAGUAGAUAAAGCCUCUGUGAACGACUUUGUUAAUUUUUGUUUUGCUGCAGAGUUAAGUUGACAACAUUAUUUUAAAACUAAAAUAUCCAUAAAAGUUCCAAUUAACGCCACUAUUCAGUUAAGCACAGAGUCUCCUAUAGUCGCCGGCUAUGUGGUCUACAGAAGUGAAUAACCACAGUUUUGUUUUUGGCAAUUUUAAUCUUAGUCUUCUUAGAAUGAAGUUUUCUCUCCAGUUAUUACCUGCUUCCAAUCAGCACCC